AUGUUGACACCACGUUCGGUGAAUUCGUACAACAACGAUGGUCACUGCUAUUCUGCAUCUCCUGGAGAGUUUACGGAUUACCAGCUUCCUGAAUCUUAUGCAGAUGUUCAUCACAUGACCGACAUGGUCCCUAAAUGUGUGGAUAAUACUAAAUCUGAAGAAGAGGCUCCUCUUGAGACUAAGAAUGUUCCAUAUGUCCUUUCUAGUCAAGAGAAAGUGGAUUUUUUGAAAAAAUGUUGUGCUUCACCGGUUUUACGUUUUAUUCUACAUCUUCUCGUCAAUCCACGGCAGGAAGGCUUGGUGUCAUGGCAUGGUGGUCCGUAUGGAGUGAAAAUUUGGAACACUAGGAAAUUCACGGAACUCUAUAAUGCUGCCAUGGGAGCCAGGGGAUCCGUUUAUGGAAGCGGAGAAAACAAGGCGAAUAUUCAUUCUUUCCCUGUUACACUGGGCAUGGGUAAGGAUUGA